AUGGUCGCCACCUUGUUCUGGAAGUUCCACUACCGUCGGACGAUUCAUCGUCACUUUGUAGAGAUGCAAAACGAUUUGAGUUUUGCGCCUGCUCCCCCACAGAUCUGGCAGAAUCUCCUUGAACAUCUGUGCCUGGCUCAUCAAUCGAAUUCAUUGGAUCAUAUAUUUUUUGAAUACAAGGCGGAUCCGUCAAACAAUUCGGAGCAAAUUAAGUCCUGGAAGCUCUGUGAUGAUCAAUCAGAGACAACCAAUCGCCCUCACGCACUCUUAUCUGGUGCCCCUGCUCCUGCUCCUGCUCCGGUUCCAGCAGCUCCAGCUCCUCCAGCGGCUGCCGCUCCUGCUCCUGCCCCGUCUGUCGCCCAAGUCCCCUCUGGCGAUGCCUCUGCUUUGACCGCUGCAACUUCUGCUACAACUCUUCCUCAGAUUCGUCAGCAGGUCUCUACCAUUGCCACGGGCAUGAACCAACUUAUCAAUCAAGUGAACCGUGCCACUUGA